AUGUUCAGAGUGUUAGGUGCCUUAACAGGUUCUAGAACUCCUGAACCUUUUAUGUCAUCAGAAGAAAAAACUAAACUUAUCUUAAAACAAGCAUAUGAUUUUGAAAUUGCCCUAAGAGCCAUGGAUUAUGUUCUUGAUGAUAGAGCAGAGAACGGGUUACGUUUAUUGAAUGAAAGUGAGGAAAAAGAUGGUUCAGAUCAUACUAUCAACGUCUUAGCUCGGGGUGUCAUUGAAUUCUUGGAAGCUACUUUGGGGUUCGAGGCUGAAGAAAUGAAAAAGGCAUCUGCUACGUUGGCGAAAGCUGAAAAUUUAUCAUUGAAGAGUAGACAACGUGCUCAAAAAUUAGGAUUGAAGAGCAGUUCUUUGUAUCCACCUGGUACCGUUUACGCAGUUACUUAUACGGAAUCAUGUCUAUUACAUGCAUUGUUGAUGUUGUUUAGUGAAAGUAUGAUGGAGGCUGCUAAGGCAGUAUUGAAAUUAAGAAAGGCUUAUUAUAUGUUGCAAGAAAUCUUGGGGGAAAUUAAAAAAGCUAAUAAGAUAAAGAAAUCUUCUACUUAUAAGAAUGAAAGUAAUUCAUCAAGUGCCAGUUUCAUUAAUUCAGAUACUAAAUUUGUCUCGGUGGAUAUUCCAUAUGCUUUGACACCAGAAGAACAAAAAAAUAAAGAACUAUUAGAAAACGCAGAAAUGAUUCAUAAGAUGAGAACUGAAAGAUUAUCUGGUGCUCAUAUUGGUAACCCACCGGCCAUUAAUAGAUUAAGACAUGAAUUAGGAUUAAAUGCGAUGGAUACAUUACCUGAGAAUGAAAUUAAAGAGCAUACCUAUCUAACAGCUGAUAUUGAUGAGAGCCAAGCUACUAUUGAUGAAUUCAUUCAUUCUGGUGUCAAUUUAUGUUUUGGUAUCUUACAAGUUGUUCUUUCUUUAUUACCACCAGCCAUUGGUGCAGUUCUUUCUGUCAUUGGGUUCCGUGGUUCUCGUGAAGAAGGUUUAAGACUUGUUUGGAAAGCCACCAAGCAAAGAAAUGUCCAUGGUUGUAUUGGGUUAUUAGCAUUAAUGUUCUAUUAUGAUGGACCUUUCCAAUUUACCGAUGAUGAUUUCGAUAUCCCAGCUACCACUGUAGAUAAAUUAAGUAGAAAAUCUACAAAUACUAGUAUGGCUACAACUUCCUCCGUUAUGGAUGGUCCAACAUUAUUACAUCCGGGGAAGAUAUUAGAAGAUGCUUUAUUACAAUCUAGAGCUUUAUUCCCUAACAGUGCGUUAUGGUUAUUAAAUGAGGCAAGAAUGCUUUCUGGUAAAGGGCGUCUAGAGGAAGCUGUCGCGUUAAUGGAUUCUAUUGAUGUUAAUAAGAUACAUAUGAGACAAGUAAAAGUUUUAAUGAUUUUCGACCGUGCUAAUACUUUGGUUCAUUUACAUGAGUAUGACAGAGCUGCAGAAGAUUUAUUGUCAUUAUUAGAAUGUAGUGAUUGGUCACAUUCAUUCUAUACAUAUUUUGCAGGAUGUUGUUAUUUGGAAAAUUGGAGAAUGUGUCAAAUGGGAUUAAAAGAUAAAUCUAAAGAAGAAUUUUAUAAGAAAAAGGCUACCGAGUUAAUAUUUGGUGCCAUUGAUUUAUUAGGUAAGAAGACUUUUAAAGCUAAAAAUUUACCUAUGGAAAGAUUUAUGUUAAGAAAAGUGGAACAAUUUAAAAAAGCACAAAAGUCAUUAAAAGUGGAAAAUCCAUUAGAUGCAAUCGCCACAUCGCCAGUUCAUGAAUUGUCAUACUUUUACAAUGGAUACAAUAGAAUGACUGAAGAUGGGUUACAGUUAGCAAAGAAGAUGUUGACUGAAUAUCAUAACCCGGCAGUCGACGCGAAAGAUGUUGAUCAAGAAUUAAUUAAGAAUAUAUUAUUAUCAUUGGUUUUCAGGAGACUUGGUGAUGUUCAAGAAGGUGCCGAUUUAUUAGAUAAAAAAGUCUUACCAAAGAUUUUCAGUUUACAAAAUGGGAAAGUUAAAUAUGCUAAAAAGACUGAAGAUCCAUGGGCUUAUCCAACUGCGUUAUAUGAACGUGCGUUGUUCAGUUGGAAAUUGAAUGGUAUGGAAGGUAUAGCUGAAAGUAAAGAAUGGCUCUAUAGGGCUCAAGGAUACGCUGACGAUUAUGAAUUAAGUACACGUGUUGAAAUGAAAAUAAAAGCAGCCAUUGAUAGAGUGGAACAUGCUAGUUGA